AGGCCUCGAGGUGGCAGCAGCACGUGCCUUCACGAAUGUGACGUCAGCGGUCUAAAGCGGAAGUCGCUGUCAGGUCUGUAGCUGCAGGAUGAGCUGUGAGAGGAGGCUAACAAGUGUUUGAAAAACACUUCAAAACUGACAAUUUUAGCUGAGCAGCCAUGAAGACUGUGUUUGUAACUGUCGGCACCACGAGCUUUGAUGAGCUCAUUGAAAGCGUCACGUGUCCAGAGACCGUUCAGGCUUUAAAGGCUCGUGGAUAUGAGCGUUUGGUUCUUCAGGUUGGGAGAGGAUCUCUUCUACCAGCUGCUGACAGAUGUCCGCAUGUCAGACUGGAGGCUUAUCGAUUCAAAGGCUCGAUAGCAGAAGACCUCAAACAGGCGGACCUCGUCAUCAGCCACGCAGGCGCAGGAAGUUGUUUGGAGGCGCUCUGUGCCGGCAAAUCUCUGCUGGUCGUCGUCAAUGACAAACUGAUGAACAACCACCAACUGGAGAUGGCCAGACAGCUGCACAUGGACUCCCACCUGUUGUACUGCACAUGCAGCACCCUGAUAGAAACUCUGAGGACGAUGGAUCUCUCCGUUCUUCAGCCCUUCUUGCCCGGACAGCCCAAGAACUUUGCGAAUUUCCUCGAUAGAGCCCUCGGUGUUCAGUGAAACUUUAAUUUUACAGGACUGCUUGUUUUCUCAUACAUUAUAAUGAUUUUAAAAAUCUCAUUUGAGUGUUUUCUAAUUUUUUAUGCAAUAAUAAUAAUAAUUAUAUAUAAAUAAAUACAAUUCCAAAUCCU